CUUCACCCUGCACGCCGGCAGCUAUGACAAAGUACAUUCUCGUAUCUGGUGGUGUUGUGAGCGGCAUCGGGAAGGGCGUCAUCGCCUCUUCUACGGGCCUGCUCCUCAAGACCACCGGUCUCAAGGUCACCGCCAUAAAGAUCGACCCGUACAUGAACAUUGAUGCCGGCACGAUGAGGCCACAGGAGCAUGGCGAGGUCUAUGUCUUGAACGACGGCGGAGAAGUCGAUCUUGAUCUGGGCAACUACGAACGUUACCUGAACGUGACCCUGAGCAAGGAUAACAACAUCACGACCGGAAAGAUCUACCGCGAGGUCAUUGAGAAGGAGCGUCGCGGAGACUACUUGGGCAAGACUGUCCAGAUCGUUCCCCAUGUUACGAACGCCAUCCAAGAUUGGAUCGAGCGCGUGUCCAAGAUUCCUGUGGAUGAGACCGGCGAGGAGCCCGAUGUUUGCAUCGUCGAGCUCGGAGGUACCGUUGGAGACAUCGAGUCGGCGCCUUUCGUCGAAGCUAUGCGCCAGUUCCAAUUCCGUGUCGGACACGAAAACUUCGCGCUCAUCCACGUGUCACUUGUCCCCGACAUGCAUGGCGAGCAGAAAACCAAGCCUACACAGACAACCGUCCAUGCACUCCGCGGCCUCGGUCUCCUCCCCGACCUGAUCGCCUGCCGACUGAUUGUCCAGAAGCCCCUGGAACCCGCCACCAAGGCCAAAAUCUCCAUGUUCUGUCACGUCGCGCCCGAGCAGGUCGUCGGCGUACACGACGUCUCCUCCGUCUACCACGUACCCCUCCUUCUCCAGUCCCAGGGAAUCAUCCAAUAUCUCCAAAAGCGCCUUAACCUCUCCACGAUUACGAUCACCCCUCAGAUGCAGGAACGCGGGUCGUCAUUAGAGCUGCGUUGGCGAGAACUCACAAAACGGCAAGAACGUAUUCUCGAUGAGGUGUCUAUCGCACUCGUCGGGAAGUACACGGACAUGCAAGAUUCCUACAUGUCUGUUGUCAAGUCCCUGGAGCACUCCGCGUUCCGGUGUAAUAGGAGGUUGAAGCUCAAGUGGGUUGAUGCCUCAGAUCUUGAGCCUGAGGCACAACACACCAGCCCCGCCAAGUACCAUGAUGCGUGGCGGGACGUCGUCUCCGCGAACGGCAUCCUCGUCCCCGGCGGCUUCGGCGUACGCGGCUCCGAGGGCAUGAUGCUCGCCAUCAAGUGGGCUCGCGAACAGAAAAAGCCCUUCCUGGGCAUCUGCUUCGGCUUCCAGCUCGCCGUCGUCGAGUGGGCGCGCAACGUGUGCGGCCUCGCGGGCGCGACGUCCGCCGAGUUCGACCCCGCCGCGCCGGAGCCCGUGAUCGUGUUCAUGCCCGAGAUCUCGAAGACGCACAUGGGCGGCACGAUGCGCCUCGGCCUGCGCCCGACCGUGUUCGAGGAGGACGCGGCGGGGUGGUCGAAGGUGCGCAAGCUGUAUGGCGGCGCGGGCAAGAUCUGGGAGCGCCACCGUCAUCGGUACGAGGUCAAUCCGGCGCUCAUCGAGCGCCUUACGGCGAGUGGGAUGCGCUUUGUGGGUAAGGAUGAGCGCGGGGAGCGUAUGCAGGUGCUCGAGCUGCCUGAACACCCGUACUUUGUCGGCUUCCAGGCGCACCCCGAGUUCUGCACGCGCCCGCUGAACCCGUCGCCGCCGUUCCUCGGGUUCAUCGCGGCCGCGGCAGGCACAUCGGUGAUCAACGAGCAGCUCGAGGUCCAGCUGCGCUCGUUCAAGCCGCCGCAUCCCGAGGGCUCGAUGGUCGACGAGGCGUCGCUCCGCAGCGAGGAGCCCCGUCCUGCCGGCGAGGAGGCCAUCCUCAGCUCCGAGCAGUGAGUCGUUUGCGAAUGUGGGGAUGGGGUUGGGGGAGAGGUGGCGGUACGUCUGUGUACACUAUCGAGACGGGAGACGGGCGAAUGGGGCCAUUGAAGAAGUACCUUACUCGUAUAAUCAUAUAGAUAGAAGGUCGCAGCGCGUGCCACAUUUUGUCAAUUUGUUGCAUUGGUUAGCAAUGGGAGUCACACGACACUUUCAC